AUGAAGGUAACAAGCAGCUUGUCAGUUCUUCUGCUGGCCUCGAGGUCUAUUGCGCAGGUGGAACCCCAGGGGGCUUCGCUUCCAAUCGUGGAGGAGUGUGGCUAUGAUGGCCAGGCCGUAUGCGUGAACAGAUAUGCUGCUGUACUGCCAUAUCAUUUCAACCGCUCCAUUACCACGCUCGGUGACGAGGUCGACUUUUCUAUGACCGACGUCCCCAGCGACCCGUCAUGGGAACUCCUCCAAGACACGCCGUUUGUGAUCUUUGACAAGGAACGCGCGGCUCAAGCCCUCGGUGAAAAUCCACGCUAUGAAUUCAUGUUCGAAGUUGGCAACUCUGUCCACGAAUGUCCGGUCUAUAUCCCAGAAACCAACCUUCUCUAUCUCUCCGAGCUCCCACCAAUGGAGAUGGGCGACCCUGGCGACUGGCUCCAGCAGUAUGUGAUUGACUUGAACCAAGAGCCGCCGACCCUGAACCGCUGGACCCCUAACCCCCCCGUCUUCUCGCCCAACGGGGGUGCCUACUACCGUGGGAAGUUGAUCUGGACAUCAUCCGGCGGGUUUGACAACGUGAACGGCAGUGAGCAGCGAGUUGCCCUGCACAGCAUCGACCCGCAAACCAACGAAUCCACUGUCUUGCUGAACAACUACUUUGGCUUCUACUUCAACAACAUGAACGACGUGACGAUUCACCCCACCUCAGGAGAUAUCUUCUUCACCGACCCACAGUACCCGUGGUUGAACAGCCGCAUCGACACGGCUCCCCAGCUACCAACCGCAACCUACCGCUUCAACCCAGCCACGGGCGCCGUCACGGUUGUCGACAUGACCAUCUCCCAACCCAACGGCCUGGCCUUCUCUCCCGACGGCCGGACCAUGUACAUCGCCGAGUCCGGUGCGCUCAGCGGCUCCGUCUCCCCCGAAUACCCGGGAACCAAGGCGUACAACACCACCGGCCCACGCGCCAUCUACGCUUUUUCCGUCGACAACAACGGCACCAAGAUCCACGACAAGCGCUCCUUCUACCUCGUCCAAGACUACAUCCCCGAUGGCUUGGAUGUGAGCGCCGACGGCCUCGUGCUCUCGGCUUCGGGCCACGGCCUGGAUGUCCUGGCGGAGACGGGCGAGCUGGUGAUGCGCAUCCAGACGAACCAUUCGGUGGCCAAUUUUGCCUUUACCGGCGAGAAUCUCGAUCAGCUCUGGCUGGUGGGCAACAAGGGUAUCUCGAGGAUUGACUGGAAUGUCAAGGGGCAAGAGCUGGUCUAA